AUGGUCGAGCUCAAGCAGAAGGUCGCCGCGAUCACGCUGAUCAUCUGCGGGCUCGUCGGGCUGGAGAUCCAGUCGAACUUCGUGUCGACGCGGACGUCCUUCGGCAAGGAGGAGCCCUACUGGAUCAACGAGGCCUGCACGACGCGCGCGGACCGCCACGCGCUCUCGGCGGCGUCGCGCGUGCUCGUCACCGGCGGCGCGGGCUUCAUCGGGUCGAGCCUGAUGGGCGCGCUCCACGAGCAGUUCGCCCCCGAGGUCGUCGUCGGCCUCGACAACUUCAACGACUACUACAGCCCGGCCUUCAAGAAGGCGCGCGCGCACCGGCUCAAGAAGGACUUCGGGCGCGACGUCGUCGCGGGCGACGUCUGCAACGGCAGCCUGCUCGAGGACCUCUUCAAGGAGCACCGGUUCACGCACGUCGUCCACCUCGCGGCCCAGGCGGGCGUGCGCUACUCGCUGAACCACCCCCUGAGCUACGUGAAGAACAAUCUGGAGUGCUACGUGACGCUCCUGGAGGUCGUGCGGAAGAUCGACCCGGAAUCGCGGCCGUCGCUGUCGUACGCGUCGUCGAGCUCCGUCUACGGGCGCAACAAGAAGAUCCCCUUCAGCGAGGCCGACGCCGUGACGAACCCGGCGAACUUGUACGGCGCGUCCAAGUUCAUGAACGAGCAGAUCGCCGCCGCGUUCCACCACAUCUACGGCCUCCACUCCGUCGGCCUCCGCUUCUUCACGGUCUACGGCCCCUGGGGCCGGCCGGACAUGGCGGCCUUCCUCUUCACGCGGGCCAUCGAGCUCGGCAAGCCCCUGACCCUCUACAACAAGGGCGAGAUGCGCCGCGACUUCACGUACGUCGACGACAUCGUCAGCGGCAUCAUCGGGUCGAUGCAGUACUGCGCGGACGCCGCGGCCGUCUUCAACCUCGGCAACAACCAGCCCGUGGAGCUCAUGCACUUCAUCCAGACCAUCGAGAAGAGCCUGGGCACCAAGGCGACCAUGAAGCACAAGACGUCCACGGCCGAGAUCAAGGAGACGUACGCCGACAUCACCAAGGCCCAGGCGCUCCUCGGCUACGCGCCGAAGACGUCCAUCGAGGACGGCAUGGCCAAGUUCAUCGACUGGUACCAGAACGAGCCCCGCCGCCACGCCUUCGCCGGCGGCCACUUCAACGACCGCCGGCGGUAG